UGCUGAUGGGCGGAGGUCGUCGGCACCUCAUCCCGACGACUGUGUAUGACCGGGAGGAGAGGAACCAGCGCGGGAGGAGGACGGACGGGAGGAACUUACUUGAUGAGUGGGUUCACGACAAGAAGACUCGGGACCUCAACGCUGAAUAUGUCUGGAACAAGGCCCAGUUUGAUAAGGUCGACCCCAGGCAUACCGACUACCUGCUAGGUAUUUUCGGCUACUCACACCUGGACUUCGAGGUGGACAGAAACAAGGGCCCAACAGGUGACCCUUCCCUGGCUGAGAUGACUGUCAAGGCGAUUCAGAUCCUGCGUAAGAACCCACACGGCUUCUUCCUUAUGGUGGAAGCGGGACGGAUGGACCACGCCCACCACUACAACAUGGCAGCGAGAGCCCUAGACGAGGUGACACGCCUGGACGAGUGUGUGCAGGCGGCAUUGAAGCUGGUAGACCCCACCAACACCCUUCUGCUGGUGACGGCUGACCACUCUCAUGCCUUCUCAUUCGGCGGCGCCUCCGUACCUCGCGGCAACCCCAUCCUUGGAUUCGACACAGAGAUCAGUGACCUGGAUGGCAAGCCGUAUACCACCCUGCUGUAUGGUAACGGCCCCGGGUAUGCUCACACUACGCCUACGGGACGUCAGGACCUUACAGGAUUCAAUACCCAGGACAUUAACUUCGUGCAGCAAGCGGCAGUACCCAGGAAGUACGAGACGCACGGCGGGGAGGACGUUCCAGUGUACGCCCAGGGCCCUGGGGCUCAUCUAUUCUCCGGUACGGUGGAACAGACGUACAUCGCCCACGCUAUCGCUCACGCCGCCUGCAUCGCCGAAGACAACACCCAUUGUGAGAAGCCCCCUAGCGACGAUGCCUGUGCCGCCGCCCCUGGGCCAGCCCCCGCUCCCACCGCCCGUCGCCCACUGGGUCAAGUCACGCCCACCGUAGAGGACCAGAAACAACACACUAGAGACCCGUGGGCGUGGAAUGCGGGAACGAGGGCGUGGGCGUGGACCAGCUACCAUGCCCUGAGCUUAUUGAUGCUGCCCGUGGUGUUGGUGUUUCGCUGAGCCAUGCAAGGGCGCCGUAGAGACUCAGAAGCGGUUCCCUUCCCCUCCUCCCCCCACAAGGAGGAGCAGAGUGCCAGAGUCAAGACUGUACGCCCACACCCACGCCCGCUGACCCUUAACAAGGCAGCGACUCAGUUUCACACACGUUGUUGAAUAUUAUAGGUAAUAGGUUUGACCCGAGCUUUACAUGGACCACACCGGGCAGUGGUCCCCUAGUGUACAGUGACUCAGUGUGCUGCAGCCCAAAGCCUCCCCUACCACAGUGUAUGUCAUGUGAGGUGAUGACACGUCACCUCCCUUAUACCACAGUGUGCGUGUCUUUUGAGGUGAGGAAACGUCACCCCCCCCUCCCCCGUCUACCAUAGUGUGUGUCUUUUUAGGUGAGGACACGUCACCUCCCUUAAUCCACAGUAAGUGUCUUUUUAGGUGAGGACACGUCACCUCCCUUAUACCACAGUGUGUGUCGUGUGAAGUGAAGACACAUCACUUGUGUCACGCCAGUUAUAUACAAUUACGUGGUAAAAGUCAGGCGGGGAAUAAGUUGCGGCGACGGAAACUUACGUGUGUGUGUGUGUGUGUGUGAAUACGUGCGUGCGUGCAAUAUGUGUGUGUGUGUGUGCGUAUGUGUACGGAGACGAUGAACACUGGUUUCCUGUUCUUUAAGGCUAUAUAACAUUUUCUUGUGUUCGUUUCUACCUCUGUGGCCUGGGAGAAGCAAAACUUGUGGAACAGCGUUUGACAAUCAGUGGAAAGAGAAGAGACGGGGAGGAGAGAGGGGAAGGAAAAAAGGAGGAGGAGGAGGAAGGAGGAAAAAGAGGAUGGAGAAGAAAAGAAAGAAAUAGUCAGAGGGAAGGGGAAGAAGUACCAGCCUGGCUACCUCAACCCUGGAGGAACUUUCCUUUGUCAAACAACUACAAGAACCAGAAGGAGACAAUGCAGGUGUCCAGGGUGGUCCAGCCCCUUCCUCACCACACCACCUCCUCACACAUAGUAUUCAAUGGUAUUAUUUUAAUUUAGAAUAUUUACUUACUGGACUUGUGUGUAAGAUGUGCACGUUGUGUUUUACUUUAGUCAAUUAAGUUAUUACUCCAAUAUGGGUCAUACUUACUCUGGAACUUUUAUGAUUAAGAAUGUAUUCAUGAAUAAACAUUGGAUGCCUUCAAUGUAUAUAUAUAUAUUUUUUUUGUGCAAUGAUACAAAUUCUCGUCAUUAUUGUACUUACUCCGUUUAUUGCAACGACAACAGCAUCAGCAGCAGCAGGUAGCCUCCUCUGACAUCAUGACCAUCAUCUUAAGAACCUUUGUAUUUUUUUAUGUUCAAUCACAGUGGCUCGGAGCCUUGUCAUUUUCUUAAUGUAUCUCUCACUCGUUCAUUAUUUCACCAUUUAAUUUUCUGUUCCCCAAAACAAAUAUUUAACCCAUUGUCUAUUAGUCUAAUUUUAUACCUCGGAUAUUUCUGGGUCUUGUAAAGUUUGUCAUUAACUACUGUAUGACUGUUAACUGAUUGCUGUUAAGUCUAUCAUUUACUUGUAAUUGACUGCUGUAAAGUAUCUCAGUACUGGUAACAGACUGCUGCAAAGUCUAUCAGUACUGGUAACCUACUGCUGUUACGCCUAUCAUUUACUGGUAGCUGAAUGCUGUAAAGUCUAUCAGUACUGAUAAAUGACUGCUGUUAAGUCUAUCAUUUACUGGUAACCGACUGCUGUUAAGUCUAUCAUUUACUGGUAACCGACUGCUGUUAAGUUUAUCAUUAACUGGUAUUUGCUGUUACGAUAAAGCCUCAUUAACUAUAUACAGUUAAAAAUACAGAUAGUAACCCUUAAUGUUCAACCACUUGGGAGACGUGCAUGCAGGUACCAUUACUAACAUACUUCAUUGUGUUUACAGCACUACCAUAUCAUCUAUGUAUAGAGAAUAAUGAUAAUGAUUAAUAAUAAUAAUAAUAAUAAUAAUAAUAAUAAUAAUAAUAACAUAUUUCUAUAUAAAACUCUUACCUUGGAAACAUUAUGAGAGUAGCGCAGAGUUUAGUCAUUUAUGAAGAACUGCUUUUCACUUUUAAGACAUAUGUAGUGAUUGUGUACAGUUGCUACGGUGUACAUGACCUCAUAAACUCGAGCUGCAUGUGUGUGUGUGUGUGUGUGUGUACAGCUGAACAUGCACCAUGAUACAGUGGGUGUCAUUGGCUGUGUCAUAAUCCAGUGUGUCACAAGCUGUUCACACCCACCAUAAUACAGUGUGUGUCAUAAGCUGUACAUACCCACCAUAAUACAGUGUGUGUCAUAAGCUGUACAUACCCACCAUAAUACAGUGUGUGUCAUAAGCUGUACAUACCCACCAUAAUACAGUGUGUGUCACAAGCUGUACAUACCCACCAUAGUACGGUGUGUGUCAUAAGCUGUACACACCCACCAUAAUACAGUGUGUGUCAUAAGCUGUACACACCCACCAUAAUACAGUGUGUGUCAUAAGCUGUACACACCCACCAUAAUACAGUGUGUCACAAGCUGUACACACUCACCAUAAUGCAGUGUGAGUCAGAAGUUGUUCACCCACCAUAAUACAGUGUGUCACAAGUUCUUCACACCCACCAUAAUACAGUGUGAGUCAGAAGUUGUUCACCCACCAUAAUACAGUGUGUCACAAGUUCUUCACACCCACCAUAAUACAGUGUGAGUCAGAAGUUGUUCACCCACCAUAAUAGUGUGUCACAAGCUGUGCACAUCCAUCAUAAUACAGUGUGUGUCACAAGCUGUACACACCCACCAUAAUACAGUGUGAGUCAGAAGUUGUUCACCCACCAUAAUACAGUGUGUCAUAAGUUCUUCACACCCACCAUAAUAC